AUGUCAUCAUUAUCUUUGUAUAAGUACAUUGUUUUGAUCAUUGUUUUGGUGGCCUUGAUUGGACCAUCAUUCAAUGUGGUCGAGGCUGCAAAGAAGAAAGGUGGCAACAUCAUCAAUGCAUUCUUGAUACCUCAUUCACAUUGUGAUGUUGGAUGGGUCCAAACUUAUGAACAGUACUACACAGAGAAUGUUACACUUAUCUUGGACAAUGUGGUUGAGUACUUGUCGAAUGACCCAACAAAGAAGUUCAAUUGGGCAGAGACGAUAUACUUUGCAAGAUGGUGGUCGGAUCAGACGGAUAUGACACAGGCUCAGGUCAGGAAGUUGGUGGCAUCUGGACAACUCGAGUUUGUUGGAGGUGGAUGGGCUCAGAAUGAUGAGGCAGUCACACAUUAUCAAGCGGUGCUCAAUCAGAUGACGAUAGGACAUCAAUUCCUACUGGGCACUUUUGGCGUCGCCCCCGAGGCUGGCUGGCAGAUCGAUCCAUUUGGCCCAUCGACCCUCACCGCCACACUGUUCAACCUGAUGGGCUUCAAGUACCACAUCAUCAAUCGCCUGGACGACCGACUCAAGCACCAGUACAACUCAACACCCGACAUUGUGGGCAGCGGCGCCAUGAUUGAGGACCGCUCAUUCGAGUUCAUGUGGUACCCCUCGCCAAGCUACGGCAACAACCUGUCGCUGUUCACACAUGUCCUCGACAAUCAUUACAACUCGCCACAGCUGUGCUAUCCCAACGCGACCGACCCCAACAUCACUAUCUGCACGGGCUUUGACUUUGAGUCAGACCCCGGCCAGAACCCAUCAAUCAACGCCUCAAACAUUGCCGAGCGCGCUGCCCUACUUGUUCAGAUCAUCCAGGAGCGCGUUCUAUACUACCGCCAUAACAACAUGCUGUUGCCCUUUGGCAAUGACUUCCGCUUCCAGAACGCCAGUCUGGAGUUUGACAACAUGGACAAGCUGAUCGCGUACAUCAACGAGAACGUCGAGACAUACGGCGUCAAUAUAAAGUACGCGACGCUGAGCGAGUACUUUGAGGCGGUGUUUGCCGAGACCGAUCCGGCAACGGACUACCCCAACCUGUACGGCGGCGACUACUACACGUACACGAUGUGUCUGGGUGUCGACUACCAGAACUUCAACACGUGCGUCAACUACUGGUCGGGCUACUUCUCGAGCUUCCCCGUGCUCAAGGGCACGGUGCGCCAUGCUGACACGCUCCUGCGCCACACCGAGACAAUGUACGCGCUGGCCUCAGCCACUCACAACAAACAUUUCACGUUUGAUGGCGCCAAGGUGUUUGGCGCGCUCGACCUUCACCGCAACGUGAGUGGCAUCCUCACACAUCACGACGCUAUCACGGGCACAGCCAAGGAGUACGUGCGCAACAACUACUUUAACAUGCUGUACGCGGCUCAGAACGCCUCAGUCGACGUGCUGCCCGAGAUGGUGUCGUACCUGCUGGCCAACGCGUCAAUGGAGACCGGCUUCUCAUACGAUGACCUUCUCCUCCAAGGCAUGUCCGUGGGACAGGUGGUCGUGGUGUCUGUGAGCAACAGUUUGGCGUGGAACCGUGUGGAGUACAUACACAUGCCGGUGGGCGUGCAGAACUACGCCGUGUACGCCUAUAAUCAGCAACCAGUCCAGUCGCAAGUCGUCCAACGUCUAGAUAAGGAUGGUCAGUGGGAGCUGUACUUUGAGGUGUCCGUGCCCGCGCUGGGAACUUCGACAUACUUCAUUAUGUGUGUUGGUGUGACCCAUGACGACCUGGCACUCCACAUGCUCGACUUGGAGGGUCUCGAAGCGCCACUUCCCGCUCACGUCACCCCCGCCACACCCAUCAACCUCGCCGACUUGGGCGAUAUCGACUCAAUCGACAUCGCCAUUGGCAACGACCUGUUCGAGCUACACUUCCAGCCCAACGCAAACAAUCACAAUGUCCUGCAACUAACUCACUACGUCGACCUCACCAAUGGCGGCACUGUCGUAACGCUCAACCAAGAGCUCGUCGAGUACGACUCAAUGACUGAUGAUUGUUACAAGUUCCGUACACACGGCUACGCACAUCCACUGGAUGCCACUGCUGCACAGUUCUACCUCACUGAAGGCCCCAUCGUACAAAUGGUCACCGUGGUCUACCGCAACAAUGUCACUCAGUUGUUCACAGUGUACAAUGCCACGAUGGCGCCAUCCGGCUCGCAGGCUCAGGAGAACCAGUACUUUGAGAUCGAGAAUGUGGUUAGCGUCGGCUUGGACCAUGAGAUUGCCAUGCGUUUCAACUCAUCCAUCCAGAACGGUGGCACAUUCUACACAAACAACGGUUUGGAGAUGAUGCAGCGUGUUUGGACAGAGAAGUUCAACGACUCGCACGUCUGGAGUCUGAUCUCGGGCAAUUUCUACCCAGCCAUCAACACGGGCCUGAUCAACGAUGGCACCAACGAACUGGUGGUGCUCAAUCAACAGAGCAUGGGCGCCAGCAGCCAGGCUGCGGGUCUGCUCGAGUUCCUGCUGAUCCGUCGCAGCAACUACACGCAGUGGUCAAUCAACGAGAAGAUGAACGACACGAGUGUCGCACGCAUCAAGUCGCGUGUGCUGGUCGGCCAACAGGCGCUCAAGGAGAUUGAGCGUGCGCCACACACUCUCGUCCACGAGAAUGAGAUGCUGCGCAUGUACGCACCGGUCAAGGGCAACUCGAUCGCGAUAUGGUGUGACAAGGUCGACACCCAGUUUGUACCCUUGCGCGGCAGCCAGUUCCCGCCCAACCUUCACCUGCUCACACUCAACCGUCAAUGGUUUGACAAUGGCCAGGUGUUGAUGCGUGUGAUCAACAUCUACGAGCUGGGCCAGAGCACUGUCUACUCGCAACCCGCCACACUUACCUUCUCCCAACUAUUUGGUGGCUUUGACAUCUCCAACGUGGCCGAAGUCACAUUAACGGCCAACGCACAACUCAAUGCAUCUGUACCAUUGCCCCUAUCAGUCACACUCGAUCCAAUCCAAAUCAAGACAUUCACCUUCUCCUUCACCAAUAACAAUGUUGUCGUUGUUGUUGGUGGUGAUGAUGAUGAUAAUGAGUACUCAAUCCUUAAGGAGACCAUUAUGAUCAAUUAA